UAGGAUCACUAGUGUAAUAUUGUGACAGAGCUGUGUUGUGUGUUGCAGGAGCCCUGGGCGGAGAGUGGGCAGUCUGGAUGCCUCAGAGUAUAAAAGCUCUGCAUGGAUCCUGUGUGCUGAUUCCCUGCAGAUUUGAUAUCCCGUCUAAAUGGGAAAAAGAUCUGCCACGGACUACAGUACAGUGGCGUAAUGAAAAGGAAGAUACUGUAAUGUUUGAUUCUAAAAGCCAAUCUGAAUCUCAUCUGCAAGGAAUGUUAACUGGAGACCUGCUGCAGAAGAACUGCACUACACUCCUAGAGAACCUUCCAAAACGUGCUCGUGAUAAAUAUUACUUCAGAUUAGAUGAACCCAUCAAAUGGACUUUUAAAGGAACAGUUGUUGAACUUAAUAUCAGAGACUCUCCACCCAAACCCAAGUUAACCACAGAGAAGGUGGAGGUGAUGGAGGGGACCUCUGUGAGUUUGAGCUGCUCUGCUGCAGCCCCCUGUCCCAAACUCCCCCCAAAUCUGACAUGGACCCCCAGGCUGAGUGACAGUGUGGAUCAACUGCAAGAGAAUGAGGAUAAAACCACAUCUGUGUCUUCUGUUCUGACCUUCACUGCUUCCCACCUCCACCAUGGGCAGAAUAUCACCUGCAGGGCACUUUACACACUGCAACAAGGAGGCAAUCAGAGGAUGUCUGAGGCCAGUCUGACUCUCGAAGUCCAAUAUCCUCCUAAGAAGACCUCAGUGUCAGUCAGUCCCUCUGGUUCAGUGUUAGAGGGCAGCUCAGUGACUCUGACCUGCAGCAGUAAAGCCAGCCCACCAGUGCAGAACUACACCUGGUAUAGAGUGAAUGGGCCAGAGAUGAACACUGUAGGAACUGGACAGAAUCUCACCUUCAAUGUGACUGAGUCCAGUGGCAGUGAACAGUACUACUGUGAAGCACAGAAUGAACAUGGCAAGGAGAACUCGACAACUGUGCAGCUGGGAGUUGAUUGUAGGUUUGCCAUUAUGUCAAUUAUAUGUUCAUUUGAAUGUUUUGUGAAAUAUAUUUUCUUUCUAUUAUUAUAAUGUUAUUAUCACAGAAACAUGCACAGGUGCAGUGGCAUCUGUUUAUAUUU